AUGACAAGCGUACUUGCGAAACCGAUCACCGACGCCCUCAAGGUCGACCCGGUGCUGAAAACGCUCAACCUCAGCUGCAACAACAUCGGCGACGAGGGCGCCAAGGUGCUGGCCUCCGCUCUGCGCGUCAACGCGGUGCUGACCGAGGUGAACCUGUCGGACAACAAUCUCGGCGGCGAGACCGACUACAUCAAGGCGAGCGAGGUCGAGGGUGAGUCCAAGGAGGUCGGGGAUAAGGUGAUCUACGAGGGGCGCGAGAUGAUCUCGGGCGUACUUGCGAUCGCCAAGGCCCUCGAGGUCAACGAGGUGCUGACCCACCUCAUUACCAGGAACAACAACAUCCGCGACGAGGGUGCGAAGGCGCUAGCAGCCGCUCUUCGCGUCAACGAGGUGCUGACCAACCUCGAGCUCAUGGGCAACAACGUCGGCGACGAGGGCGCCACUGCGCUGGCCUCCGCUCUUCGCGUCAACGGGGUGCUGAACAAGCUAAACAUCUCCUGGAACGAGAUCGGCCCCACCGGCGCCGCCGCGAUCGCCGACGCCCUCAAGGGCAACACGCUGCGCGGCACCGACCCGGUCGAGUCCCUCGACCUCUCGAGCGAGUAUCUCGGACCCGCCUCGGCCAUCGUGAUCGCGUCGUUGAUUGCGGGCAACGCGGUGCUGACCGACCUGUACCUCUUCGACAACAGCAUCGGCGACGAGGGCGCCAUGGCGCUGGCAUCCGCUCUGCGCGUCAACGGGGUGCUCACCCACCUUGACCUCGGCGCCGACCAGAUCCGCGAACAGGGUGCUGCUGCGAUCGCGGAGGCGCUGCGCGACAACGAGGUGCUGAAAAGCGUCGAUCUCCGCGGCAACAAUUUGGGCGAUGAGGGGAAGAAAGCGAUUCAGGAUGCGGUGAGCGGGCGGGAAGGGUUCAAGCUCGAGAUGUGA